GCCACGUGCGGGAAUUCCAAGCCUACCGGCGGGCCAUGCUUCUGAAGUUCCAAUUCUUGAAUAUUUCUAUCAAGCGCUGUUCUGCUCUCUCAUCUCUAAAGCUACAAUGCCACGAAAGGUAUGGGAAGGAAAGCAACAAAUUGAGGAAGUUGGUGAUGUGCCACUAGACGAAGAGAGGCCGGAUGAUAUCAUUAUCCUCGUGAUCGGUGUGACUGGAGUCGGAAAAAGCACCUUCGUUAACACUGCAAUCGGGAAGGUCGUGACACCCGUCGGCCAUGGCUUGGAGUCAUGUACAUCCCGAAUUCAACACGCCUUCUGCGCAUGCCCCAGCGAUCCCUCCCGCCGCGUAGUUCUCGUUGAUACACCUGGUUUUGAUAACACAUUUGGACACGACUCCGAGAUCUUGAGGCGCAUCGCUGUUUGGUUAGCAAGUUCAUACGGCGAGAAUAUGAAAUUGGCUGGUAUCAUCUAUCUUCAUGACAUCUGUGAUCCUCGGCUACACAUGAGUCUCGACACGUUUCAAAGGCUGCACGGCGAAUAUGCAGAGAAUUAUGCUACUCUGGCGACCACGAAAUGGGGCGAGGUCGCUACGGAGGCGGAAGAAAGACGCGAGCAACUAUUGAAGAGCCUCUUUAGGCAGGAAACGGUUGCACAUGAAUCAGAAAUUCCUCGGUUUCGCGGGUCUCAUGUGUCUGCUUGGGAUAUCAUAACACCCAUUCUUGUGAACAAGGCAGUUGUCGAUGAUUGUUUUAUUCAAGAGGAAUUGGUUCUAGGAAGAACUAUCAAUGCCGGAACCACAUUGCCAGAGGAAUUGAUCAAUCUGGUAGAAUCACAUAAAAGGACCAUCGUUGGAUUGAAGGGAAAGGUUAAAGAUGAUGAACAACGGCAAAGAUUGAAGAAAACCGAGGAAGGACUACGCAUACUCUUGAAACAGAUCCAAGAGCUCAGAAACCCCCCCACUGCACACGGAUUUUUAACUUCUAUCUUUAAGACAUUGCAGAGGAUGACUCUAGAACGUGAAACAAACACAUCGCUCACGCCUGAGGCCGAGCGGGGUGUCAGAAAGGCGCAAGGUGACAUCGCCUUGAAAUGGCGAGAUUUCGACACCGCUAUAAAUCGUUACACCGUAGCAAUCAAGCUCGACCAGUCAGAUCAUACAAUAUAUUCGAACAGGAGUCUUGCCCUAGCUUCAAAGCAACAAUGGAAAGAAGCACUCAGCGAUGCGGAGCAGGCUAUCAGACUGGCACCAUUCAUACCCCUCGGGUACUAUAGAAAGCACGAAGCCCUGCACGGUGCUGGUCGAUACUGCGAGGCCAUCUGCGCAUUCAAUAAAUUUCUCGACUUGAGCGAGACUGCCUGUUCCGGCGCACAUUCACAAUAUAUCAGGCCAGAGACAGUCAAGAUGACAAUCGGGGAAAUAGCAAAUAAAUUACUAAGAAACACGCCACCCCGUCUCUUCGAUACCGAAAGCGGUGUGAUAUGCAGUCAACCAGCGCGGUUGGAGGUCUUCGAGCACUCUGGGUACUACACGGAGAUAGUGUCAAUGAUCACAACUUACGACAAGCUUGAGAGGGAGGCUCAGUCCAAAGUGCAGGACUACUUUGCAUAUGGAAUGCUUUCUCACCGAUGGGGGAGUGGAGAAGUCCGACUGCAGGACAUCAGACAAGGGGAAAGCAUCUAUACUUCCAGAUAUUCAGGUCUGUCGAAGUUGCAGAACUUCUACCGCAUCACAAAGAGCCAGCAACUCCGCUGGGCAUGGUGCGAUACUUGCUGUAUUGAUUUAACAAACAGCGUCGAGCUGCAGGAAGCUAUCAAUUCCAUGUUUAGGUGGUACCGAGGUUCUGCACUGACCAUCAUCUACCUUUCCGACAUUUCCAACUCUACCCUCGACGCGCUAAUGAGGAGCUUGUGGUUAACACGAGGAUGGACGCUGCAAGAGCUCCUUGCUCCCAGGGUAAUCCUGUUCUACAGACGAGAUUGGACUUUGUUUGCUCCGGAGGAAUCAUUGAAGAAUAGCGAAGUUGGGCCCAAUCAUAAAAAUUCAGAUCACAUAUGCCGUAUACUAGAUGAGGCUACCGGCGUCGAUGUGGUAAAUCUCCGCGAUUUCAAGCCAGGGCCUACAUGUUCCCGCUUAAAGUUGCACUGGGCCUCUCGUCGCUCUACUACCAAGGUGGAAGAUAUCGCCUAUUCCCUGUUUGGAAUAUUUGACGUCCAGCUACCUAUAUUGUAUGGGGAGCAAGAAGACAAGGCGCUUGGUCGCCUGAUACAGGAGAUAAUCUGCAGAACGGGGGAUGUCUCUGUUUUGGACUGGGUCGGACAACCUGGCUGCAUGAACAGCUGUCUUCCAGAAAAUAUAUCCUGCUUUCAAGUAGCGAAGUGGAAGCCAGAACCGCUCGCACUUGAGGACUCUAUGUCCACCCUUCGUCAAUCACUGUCUUCCGUUACCAUGACCGCAAUAGCCGCACUGCACCACAGAUUGCAAGACUUGCCAGCUCCAUUGCUCAUGCACGGCAAGCUCACAAUUCCUUCCAUCAUUUAUCGUGUCGAGGAUGUCACAGAACGCCAAUCUCACAAUCACCUGCACCAAUAUAGCCUCAACGUUGCGGGGCUCAAAGAACUUCACAUCAAGACAACGGAGAAGUUGAGGAUUGAGUCGGAGAUGAACCCGUCGCGUUAUGACUAUUCAAUCGCACACAUUUGGCGCGACGACUUGCUCCAAUGCUUGACGGAGGAGCCGGACGACGAGACCACACGCACACUCGAAUUCAUCGGUCGUUUAGGGCAGCCGUUCGUGGCAUUCCUGCUAGUGCGGGAGGGACGUAGUACGUUUCGGAAAGUAGCUUCGACAGAACGCAUCAUAGCACAAGUUGACGACAUGUCGAGGGUUCAUGCAACUAGUUUCGAUGUGAAGAGUGUGGAGAUAGUAUAAAAUAUCAUUUCUCCGUAUCUACUUUUGGAUCAGAUAAUAUUUGCCCAUCUUGUAGUAUACAAGGACCCGCCUUCGGUCGCCUGCCGGCCCUCAUUUUGUGUUCACGGAGUUACACAGGCGUAGGUGCCAUUCAAUGUAUUUACAGUAGCAAGUCAGGAAAUACAAUAUUCGCAGCCUUGUUC